GGUGGAUCCAUUGCAGAAUUGCGUGGAGACGGGAGGUGGAUGCACUGCAAAGCUGCAUGGAAAGUGGUGGAUCCAUUGCUAAGUUGCAUGGAGAGCAGAGGUGGAUCCAUUGCUAAGUUGUAUGGAGAGCAGAGGUGGAUCCAUUGCUAAGUUGCAUGGAGAGCAGAGGUGGAUCCAUUGCUAAGUUGUGUGGGAAUGGAAGGUGGAUCCAUUGCAGAGGUGCAGGGAGGUGGGAGAUGGAUCUGUUGCUGAGUUGCUUGGAAAAGGGAGGUAGAGUCAUUGCAAAGUUGCAUGGAGAGCAGAGGUGGAUCCAUUGCAGAAUUGCAUGAAGAUGGGAGGUGGAUCCUUUGCAAAGUUGCUUGGAAACAGAAGGUGGAUCCAUUGCUAAGUUGCAUGGAGAGUAGAGGCGGAUCCAUUGCAAAGGUGCAUGGAGAGGGGAGGUGGGUGCAUUGCAGAGGUGCAGGGAGAUGGGAGGUGGAUCCGUUGCCAAGUUGCUUGGAAACAGGAGAUGAAUGCAUUCAGAGCUGCAUGGAAAAGGGAGGUAGAGUCGUUGCACGGAGGUGGGAGGUGGGAGCAUUGCAGAGGUGCAUGGAAGCAGAAGGUGGAUCCAUGGCUCAGCUGCAUGGCGUGCAGAGGUGGAUCCGCUGCACAGCUGCGUGGAAAUGGGAGCUGGGUUCAUUGCAAACCUGCGUGGAGGUGGGCCAUGGAUGCACUGCAGAUGUGGUGCAGGCUGACCAGUGAGGGUCCCCAGCGCCACGGGUUUAUAACGAGGGCUGUUAAUGAAGGAUGAUCUCUGCUGGCUGCUCUGAUCCGCGCGCUCAGUUCGUGCGUUUCAGGGGGCUCCCAUCCCGAGGGCUGCACUUUGGGGCCAUGGGGUGAGGAAAGCACGGGAACACAGAGCAGUGGCAGCCCUAUAUUCACCCCACGUGCCAUACUUGUGCCCCACACGAUCCUUAACCUCAGGGAUGGGCUCCUACUGCAGAGCUGAGCCGUGGGUCGGGCAUGGAACAGGGACAUCGCAGCCCCCCGGACACCCCUGGAAAUGGGGAGCCCACGGUGCCCACCCCAAACAGCCCCGGUCCUUCAAAGGCAAAGAAACUGCUGACUGUGGCAGCACUUCCCCAAGCUGGGGGGGGCAGGGAUUGGCCCCCAAACAAGGAAGUGCUGCAACUUUUGGCCGCUCGCCCCAUAAAUAGAGCUGCCCCACGCGUGGGGGGCAGACUGGUGCUGCACUGGGGCCAUCCCUCCCCACCCCCCAGGACGAGCAGUGCAGGCAGGACGUGUCCCCCCGCCCCCCGCGGGACCCCAGCCAUGUCCCUGCUGCGUUGGCUCGUCCUCCUGACCGGCCUCGAUCCCGCAGCCCCCAGCACCUGGGGGGUCUCCUACCCCGAAACGCUGCACGGCGUCGCGGGUUCCUGCGUGGUGUUUCCCUGCACCUUCAGCUUCCCCAACGACGUCUCGGCCGCCGGCGGCGUCGUGGCCAUUUGGUACUACGACUACGAGGGGCAGAAGGCGGUGGUGUUCCACUCCAACGACCAACAGGUGGAUUCCAGGUUCAGGGGCCGCACGCAGCUCCUGGGGGACCCCAGCGCCAGCAACUGCACGCUGCUGCUGCGUGGGGUGCAGCCCCAGGACAGCGGGAAGUUCCGCUUCCGCUUCGAGAUCGUGGAUGGGGACCGCUGGUCGGCGGUGCGGGACGUGGUGCUGCGGGUGGAGGACACCCCGGAUCCCCCGAGCAUCACCAGCAGCGGGGAGGUGUUGGAGGACACGCCGGUCACCCUGGAGUGCUCGUCUCCCUACGGCUGCCCGCUGGGUGCCAUCACCCUGCGCUGGGUGGGUUUCGACCCGCGUGUGUCAGCGCUGUCCAGCCAGGUGCAAAUGGACGCCAGAGGGGUCAGCCGCCACCAGAACCUCACGGCGUCCUUCUCCUGGAGGGAUCACUCCAGGGCGCUGCGCUGCGAGCUGCUGCUCGGCUCCCACAGCGCGAGCGCGGAGCUGCUGCUGCGGGUGCGACACCCCCCCAAAGGCACCGAGGUGUCCCUGGACCCCCCCUCACAUCACGUCCGUGUGGGCGACACGCUGACCCUCAGCUGCACGGCGAACAGCAGCCACCCUCCCGUCAGCGCCUUCCGUUGGUACAAGGAUGGCGCAGCCGCGGGCGCGGGGCCCAUCCUGGUGCUGCGGGGCGUGCGGGGCCAGGACCACGGGCGGUACCACUGUGAGGCACAAAAUGCCGUCGGGACCGGAGUGGCACCCGCUGUGAUGCUGUAUGUCAUGUCCGCAGAGGUGUCCGUCAGCCCCGCGGCUGAGGUGCAGGAAGGGACGGCCACCACUCUGUCCUGCGACGUGCCGGGCCAGGAGGGCCGGGAGCUGAACUACACGUGGUACCACAACGGUGCGUGGCUGCAGCAGAGCCCCGCACACCGCGUGCUCCUCCCGCGCAUCGCCGCCUCCGACGCCGGGUUCUAUUCCUGCACGGCCACCGACGCGUGGGGCAGCGCCGCGUCCCCGGCCCUCAGCCUCAGCGUGACGUACCCCCCCCGGCCCCCCGUGCUGACGCUGCUGCAGGAGCCGCACGGCGGGGGGCUGGCGGUGCUGCGCUGCGUGGUGGACAGCCGCCCUCCGGCCGUGCUGGCCCUGUACCACGGGGACAACCUGGUGGCCACCAGCAGCUCUCCCGUGGCCCCCGGGCGGCGCAGGGCGGUGACGGCCGGCCGCAAUGCGCUGCGCAUGGAGCUCCGCGAAGUGCGGCUGCGGGACGGCGGGUUGUACCGCUGCACCGCCACCAACGCCCUGGGCAGCGCCUCCGUCACACGGCCCUUCAGCACCCGUGCCCCCCAGGUGCUGAUCCACCCCUCCCAGGAGGUCCGUGAGGGUGAAGCCGUCACACUGCGCUGCGUCACACCGGCGGACGCCCCGGGGAGCCCCGCCUUCACCUGGUACCGGAACGGCCGGCGGCUGGCGGGGCGCACGGAGCCGGUGCUGCACCUCCCUGCCGCGCGUGGCAGCGACGCCGGCGCCUUCCAGUGCCGACCCCAGAGCCGUGGGGGUGCUGCUAAGGGGGAUGCUGACGAUGGGGAUGCUGGUAAAGGGGAUGCUGACGAUGGGGAUGCUGACGAUGGGGAUGCUGACGAUGGGGAUGCUGAGGAUGGGGAUGCUGACGAUGGGGAUGCUGCCGCUGCUGGGGAUGCUGUUGGAGACACAUCGGCGGCCGUCCUGCUGCGGGUGCUCUUCCCCCCGAGGCAGCCGGUGCUGAGCUCCUUCCUGCAGAGGCAGGGCGGGCAGCUGGGCAUCAUCCAGUGCACGGUGGAGAGCGAGCCGGAGGCUGAGCUGAGCCUGUGGCGGGGGGACGAGGUGGUGGCCUGCACGAGGGGCUGCAGCCCGGCCCCCAGCCCACGGCGGAGCGUCGCUGCCUCGUACAACAGCCUGAGGCUGGAGCUGCAGGACGUGGUGCUGCAGGAUGAGGGCACCUAUGUGUGCCGGGCUGGGAACGCGCAGGGCAACGCCAGUGCAGCCAUCGCCUUCAGUGCUGAGACUGCCCGUGUCGCGGUGUCCCCGUCCCCCCGCGUGCUCGAGGGCCGUGCUGCCAACUUGACGUGUGAGGUCAGCAGCGACUCCGGGACCCGUCCCAACAUCACCUGGUACCGGAACGGGCAGCAGCUCCCCGCUGGCCCCACUGCAGCCCUGCUGCUGCCACGGGUGACAGCUGGGGACGCGGGGCUGUACCACUGCGUGGCCGUCAGCGGGAGCAGCAGCCGGAGCUCCGCUGCUGUGCUGUUGGAUGUGCUGUACCCCCCCAGGGACCCCCACCUCACCGCCUUCCUGGAGGCGCAGAGGGGCCGGCUGGCCGUUUUCCAGGCGUCGGUGGCCAGCAACCCCCCGGCCGAGCUGUCCCUGCACCACGGGGAGCAGCUGGUGGCCUCCAGCAGCGGCGGGGGGCACAGCCCCAGCCCACGGGUCAGCGCCGUGGCCGCCCCCAACGCUCUGCGGGUGGAGCUGCGGGAGGUGACGCCGGAGGACGAGGGCAGCUACCGCCUCACCGCCGCCAACGCGCUCGGCACCGCGGUGCAGCAGCUCUUCCUCCGCGUGCAGGCCGCCCGCGUCCUGGUGACGCCGUCCUCAGAGGUGCUGGAGGGGGUCGAUGUGUCCCUGACGUGUGAGGCGCCCGGGCAGCCGGCGCCUGGCACCAUCUUCUCCUGGUACAAGGAUGGGGCGCCCGUGCGUGAGGGCACCGACGCUGUCAUGGAGCUGCCCCGCAUCAGCAGCGCCGCCGCCGGCUCCUACCACUGCAAAGCCCACGGCCCCGCGGGGACCAACGCCAGCGUGUCCCCUGCCGUCACCCUGCGUGUCCUCUACCCCCCCCGGGUCCCAGUGCUCAGCUCCUUGCUGGAGGCUCCCGGCGGGCGCGGCGCAGUGCUGCAGUGCCACGUGGACAGCCGCCCCCCGGCUCUGCUGCGGCUGCACAAAGACGGGCUUCUGCUGGCCUCCGGCCUGCCGUCCCCAUCGGCCGCCGCCACGCGGCUCAGCGUCACCGCGGCCACCAACAGCCUGCGGGUGGGCAUCAGUGGGGUGCAGCUGGAGGACGAGGGAGAGUACGAGUGCUCUGCCAGCAACGCCUACGGCAACGCCAGCGCCACCGCAAACCUGACAGCAGGCACCGCCCACCUCUGGAUCUCUCCAUCCCCGGACGUCCUCGAAGGUGACACCGUCAACCUGACCUGCGCCGUCCACAGCGCAGCCCGGGACGCUCUGACCUACACGUGGUUCCGGGACGGGGUGCUGCUCAGCUCCGGCCCCGACCCGACCAUCACCAUCCUCAGCGCGACCCCCGCCGCCGCCGGCUCGUACCGCUGCGCAGCGCACGGCCCCGCGGGCAGCCGCAGCACGGAGCCCAGCGCUCUGCGGGUGCGAUACCCUCCCCGCAACCUGCGGCUGAAAUCCUUCACCAAGAGCAGCGGGGGCAGAGCCCUCAUCCUGCUCUGCACCGCCGACAGCAGCCCCCCGGCUGAGCUCAGCCUGCUCAGGGACGGGCAGCCGGUGGCCCCCGGUGCCGCCGUGGGGCCCCGAGCGCCCAACGCGCUGCGCGUGGAGCUGCCGGCGGCCACCGCGCGGGACGAGGGCCGCUACGAGUGCCGGGCACGCAGCCCUCUCGGCAGCGCCAACACCUCCGUCAGCGUCCGAGUGCGGGCAUGGAGAUGGGGUGAGGUUCACCCAUGGUGCUCCGUGGUGUGGGGUGAUGGUGAUCCACGUGUGAGCUUGGGGAUGAGGAUGGAGGUGAGGUUGCCCCAUGGCUUGGAUGAGGAUGGAGGUGAGGUUGCCCCAAGGCUGUGGAUGAGGAUGGAGACGAGGCUGCCCCAUGGCACAGCUGUGGAUCUCGGCAACAAGGCGCUCCACGGAGCUGCAGCACCCCUAACCCCGAGCCCUGCAGCCCUCAGGGUGCGGGUGCUCCCUGCCGCCGAGGUCCGCGAGGGCACUGCGGUCACACUGAGCUGCGAGGACGCGUCCCCCGAGCUGGGCACCACGUACGCGUGGCUGAGGAACGGGCGGUGGCUGCAGGAAGGUCCCUCCGCCACCCUGCUGCUCCCCGCCGCCCGCAGCGGCGACGCGGGCACCUACAGCUGCGUGGCCAGGAUGGGAGCGCGCACGCAACGGGCCGACCCUGCCGAGCUGAGGGUGCUGUACCCCCCCCGGCAGCUUUCCCUGGUGGUGCUGGCAGAGAGGGGCGGCGGGCGGCGGGAGCUGCUGUGCACGGUGGACAGCCAGCCCCCCUCCCGCCUGCUGCUGCUGCGCGGCCGCACGGCGCUGGGCUCCACGCAGGACCCCGGGUUGGGGGCGGCUCCCAACGCCCUGCGGCUGAGGCUGGAGGGGCCGGGGGCUGCGGGGCUCCACGUCUGCGUGGCCAACAACAGCCUGGGAGCUGCGAACACGUCUCUGCUCCUCGCUGCCAGCGGCGUCCGGAUCGCGGCCGAGCCGUCCGCGGAGGUCCCCGAAGGCGCCACCGUCACCAUCAGCUGCUCGGCCGGGCCGGGGCUGGGGGUCGAGGCCAACUACAGCUGGUACAAAGACCACCGCUGGCUGCGGGACGGCCGGCGCGGCUCCAUCGUCCUCGGCCCCGUGUCCAGCGCCGACAGCGGCUUCUACCAGUGCCGGCUGAGCGGGGCGUGGGGCAGCGAAUCCUCGGCGCCGCUCAGCCUCAGCGUGCUGCGUGAGUGCCCCCCUCCUCCUCCUCCUCCUCCUCCUCCUCCUCCUCCUCCUCCUCGCCCUUUAGAGCAGCCAGCCCUACGGAGGGGGAUUUGGGGACCCCAAGCCAUGAGCAGCUGCGGGGGGAGGAAAGGGGCAGGGAGGGCGAGAAUCCCACGGGGUCACCCCGCGUGCUUUGGGGAAUGGAUGAACCCACAACGUCACCGGGGGCGUCGGGGUGGCACGGGGGGAGACCCCACAAAGUCAGAUUUGGAGACCCCAUGCUUUGAGCUUUGGGGUGGGGUGGGAGCAGGGAGGGGCUGGGGAGGGCAGAAAACCCCCAGUGUGGUUUUGGGAGUUGGCACACUGAGACCCCAUGGUGGGUGUUGGGAUGGCACGGGAGGGGACCCCACAAAGUCGGAUUUGAAGACCCCGUGCUUUGAGUUGUGGGGUGGGGUGGGAGCAGGAAGGGGCUGGGGAGGAAAUGAACCCCAAUGUGGUUUUGGGACUGGGUGCACCAAGAAUCCCAUGGUGGGCGUUGGGAUGGCAUGGGAGGGGACCCCAGGGCUGGGAAGGGCAUGAAACCCCAGUGUGGAUGGGAACAGGGGGACGGGGGGAGAGGGGGUAUGGGGAUAUGGGGACAGGAGGAUAGG